AAGGUAUUGAAUUCCCAUAAUUAGAUGAGUGAGAAAAGGAAUUUCUAUAAUCCACACAAAUUAUUGCACAUCAAUUUAAUUUGUUUACACUAGAACUCAUUUAUUUUUGGUGAGGGUUGCGAGAGCUACGGAAAUAUGAGGCACUUUGUUGGUGCAGCUGCCGUCGCCGGCGCGGCUUCUGCUGCGCGGGAGCCGGUGGGCAUCACCAAGGUCCGCGAACUCCUCGAGACGUUCCAGGAAACAGCUAUUAGCGAAGGAAAGGAGGCUGCGGCGCUGCAAGAGGAAAAAAGUUGCACCUGUACUUCACACAAGGAUCUAUUAAUUGUUCUUGCUUUUUCUCCUUGAGAACAAGUAGUAACUUUUUUUUUGAUGGAUGGUUAUUUUACGUCCUUGUUUCGCCGGUCGACGAAAUAGUAGUAGAAGUAAUUAUACCAUCUGGACGGCGGUCCGACUCCGACGAAAUAAUAGAAGUACCUUCUGCACCCCGACGCUGCGCUGAUGGCGGGAUUAGUACUGGAAGAAGCACAAGAAAAGAUGAUAUCAGUCAACAGCAACGUGGUACCCUUCUUUCUGUCGGAAGAGGUCUUAUGAUGGCGCGCUGAGACCUCGAUGUUUGGAAGCCUAUUGCUGCUGGAGGACGAAAAUUAUGAUUGUGUGAUACAAUCAAAUGUUACGACGUCAGCGAACGCAAAGGAAGUGACUAAAAAAACACCGUGGCUCUUUACGUCAGUUGUGGUGGGCUGCUGCGAAAUAGCACGGCUUGGCCAUUGGAGUGGCGCAGUGGCGGGAGGCGCCAGAAAUCUUGGACCUUGACACGCACAUCAAACCUCUCUUUCCGCAAAAAUGCGACGUUCUAAAAAAUCUAAAUCUCUACCAACACUGGUGAUACCCACUUACUUUCGCAUGAUAUAUUUUAUUUGAAAAAUUCCUCUUCAGUUAAAGAGCUGUACGACAAGACAACGGCCUCGAUUGAGACAAAUCAAGGGGAAUAUGAGGCGAGAGAGGGAGUCAGGCAAGUCGACCAAGCGAGGUGGGAGUUCCUCACGGCCGACGCAAAAUCCGAUGGCUCGAUCAAGCAUACGAAAGCUAGUACUAGCAACUUGAAUUUUCCCCUGUUAGUUUGUGGAGAUUUGUUGCGGAUGGUGGAAUGUGAACUGUAGCAACCACGAUUACGAUGAACUAAGUGUUAUAAUGUGUUCUUAUGUCCUACUCCUCGACGUCAAUCUGGUGAUAGCAAUGAUAUAAUUGAUCGUGUACUGUAGAAGUAUAAAACAUUUUGAACCUCCCCCCGCUCAGAUAAGGCAAUCGCAGAGCAGAUUUUGAAGGACACUUUGGAAACGAAGAAGAAAGAAGAGGCUGAGGCCAUGCGCACUAUGGCUGAAGCCGAAGAGGCCAUGGAGCUAAUCCAGAAGGCCAAGGAUUCCCUACAGGCAGCCACCGAAAAAGUCGACGGUUUGCAGUCGCUUUUGCAAGUGAAGAGCAUUAUGGGCUGGAGGGUGGAAAGUGUUUGAAAGACCAAUAGUUGUUAGCUAAUAACAGUUUGUCACCUGCUUCGAAGGAACAGGAGGACGCUCUUGUAUUUUUAGAUUAUUUAGAUUAGCUUCUUGAUUUCUAAGGCCAAUGCGAUUAUUUAGAUUAGCUGUAGUUCACCUGUCCCCUUUUCGCAACCCUGAAGACGAUCCGUCUCUAUACUCCUCUUCUAAUUCGGAGCUGUCCGGACUCGCCAGCCUCAAGCAGCACCUGAACCACCGAGCCUCCGCCGCAGUCGAGGCCCUCUUAGAGGAUGUUGAGCAGCCGUCGAAGCACAAGACGGGCCAUGAUGCUCUCAUUGAAAUGCUUGACGAUCUCAAGAGCGAUAUCAGCGAUCAUUUCUCACAGGUAGGUGUUUUUGGGUUUGCUAUUGCAAAUGACACAUGUUUUCAAAGUUACCCGGAUUCUUAUUAAGGAAACCAUUUGAGGAAGGUGGGUCGACCUCGGGCAACUCCAUUCUCAUUUUGUCACUAAUCGUCACAAAAAGUACCUCACAAACCCUCCAGACCCGAUCCGAGUGGACUACGCGUGAGAACGAGCUUACCAAGGAAAUUCAAACCUUGGAGAACAAAAUUGCGGAAUUGAAGAAAAAAAUUGAGGAUGAUACUGAGGAGAUGGAGGACAAGCGAGCGUCGGUUUUGAAGUUGGACCAGGAAAUGCAUGCGCUCAAGGUCCAAAUCGAAACGGACACUGCGUCCUUGAAGCAAGAGACGGAGAGGGCAACGCAGGCAAAGGCCGAGUACGACGCUGAUGAGGCUACGGUAUCAAUGAUCUGCUGAAGGGUUCUCGAUUUGAGGGGACACUGUGAUGGAAAAUAGAUGUUGAGUGGACCGGAAUCUCCACUUCUAGUUUGUGUAUCCUUCUACCUACAACUACAUAUACUCCUCACAGCGCCUGAAGGAGCUGCAAGUCGUUGCCACCACGACUAAAGCCUUCAACGAGAAAUUCGGUGCAGCUCCGGUUCCCAAGCCUCCAGCCAAGACCGAGGAAGGUAAGCCGGCUGUCGUCGCCUGCAAGUAUGACCCGGAGGACCGACUGGUGUCUAUCCCGCGUGUCGGAGAGGCUCUUGGCUCUGCAAAGCAAGGUGGCUCCUUGUUGCAGCGUGGAGCACGCGCGUACAGGAACCCCGGUGCUCUGGAACAGGAGGCUAGCGACCGAUCGCACAUCAUGAGCUUGAUUUCGCAGAAGGCCAAGCAACUGAAGAGCACAGUCCUCACUAGCGUCAUGGCCAGCGUGCGCAAGGACCCACUGAAGAAGGUAGUAGGUUACUCUCUUAUCUUUAGAUCGCUCACAGUAAGUUUUUUCAAGGGUACUUCUUUUUCGUAACGCAAACUAAUUCAGGAAGAUAAUUGAAUUUCAUCAUUCCUUCUUUCUUCAAUCCAUCUGUCCAUCUUGUUUCAUUAAUCCACCCACCCACGCACUCACGUAAAUCCGGCAGGUCCGCGUGAUGAUCGCCAAUUUGAUCGAGCGUCUGAAAACCGAAGCCGCCAAUGAAUUGAAGCGUGGAACGUACUGCACCACCGAGGAGACCAAGUUGCAGGACACGCGCACCAAAAACAAGAAGGAUAUUGCGAAAUUUGAGACCGGACUUGAGGAUGCCCAAGCCACGAUGGCGGACUCCUAUGCGAAAAUAGAGGAGCUGGAGCAGCAAAUUCGCGACACCAAACAGUCUUGCACAGAACAGAACAGUCAGCUGUUAUGAGACGAGGAGAUGGUGUAAGGAAGUAAGAGAAACAGCAGGGAAGUUUGUGGUUCUAUAAAACCUUCACACAGGAGACGUGCUGAGGGGUUUCUUUCAUUCGUUUAGAUUCGCAGAAACCCAGUAGCCGACAUUCUGUUGUGGUUAUCAUCAAUUGCAGUACUAGAUUCACAUUCCCUUCAACCUUCUAAUUCCUGCCCACGACAUCACCCUCCACACCAAUGCCAAGACCGUUGCUGAGCAUGGCAAGGAGUCGCUGAAGGACGUUAUCACCAUGCUGCAGAGCGAUUUCUACGGUGAUUCCGCUCAGGCUGAUGUGUCAUCUGGCUACACUGGCAACACAGGUGGUAUGGCGGGCAUACUGGGCAUGAUGGAAGGCCUCAUGAACGAUUAUGAGACGACCUACGACACCGCCCACAGCGAAAUCCUCCGCUUGGAGACCGAGAAAGCGGAUCUGCAGAAGGACACGAGUUUGACGAUAUCAGACAAGCGAACGGAAGAGGAGGGUGUUGUCAGGUAUUGAUUUUUUCGUUAUCUCUAGUAGCAUCUUUGCUAGUCUUUUGAUUUGGAAACAUUCAAGUCGAAGUAUUGGACUUGGAGAGGUACCCACCCCAUUAUAUAGAAGUAAAUAAAUACUUAAACGUCGGAUUCAUUCUAUGUCGGAUUCAUUCUAUGUAGAAACAUCCAAUGGCUCCCACUCCCUUUUCACUCCAGUGAAACUCUUUCUCCGGCAAUUGCUUCCUUUCAAGGGAACGGAAAGGACAUGUACGAGACGAUCCAGGAUUACAGUGGUCAGACAGAGCAACUCAUCUUCCUCAAAUACGAGUCCGAGGCCUGUGCCGAUAAGCAAUUAUCGAAGGAGGAGGAGAUGGCGAACCUAGAGGAUGAAAUUUAAGGACAGGAGGACAGUCAGUAACUUAUUCGUAGUACAACGUGAUCAUACUUUAAGUAAUUGGUAACCUAUUACUGCCUGUAAUUCUUGGCUCUUAUCUCCUGCUUACCAGUUAUUUCUUGAAUAAAAAAUGAAUCUAUAGGACAUGAGUAAACGUUCUUUUGCAAGGCUCUAAGAAAACACGGCGCUCAAGGAUGCCUUGCAGAUCCUGGAGAACCAUGAGGCGUAAAGAAGAAACAAGGGAUUUGGGUGGUCGAGGAGCGUGAUUUUGAUUGCGUGGUGUGGCAGGGGGUCAUUAGAGAUAUGUCUGUAUGGUUUCCUCGUCAUUACAGAUCAUGCAUAGGUCGUAUGAAGUUCAGAAAUUUCAAUGAACUUACAAUGAAUACUUAGUGAAAAUAAUGAACAGUUUCGAUUCCAAAGAAAUCAGUUCCAAUUUCAAAUAAUGUUUUUCAACUUUCCCAUGAUUUUUGCAUAAUAUAUUUCAUCUGCAUGGCAUCAGGUCUAUUCUAUUCUAUUACUGUUACGGCAGCAGGCGUCAGUUCCUAAAGUUAUGGAAGCGUGUUGAAGAUUUUGUUCCUUAUAUUCAGGCAAUACAACGAGACUGUUGACAAAGUGUUGAAGUUUUUGUUCCUCAUAUUCAGGCAUAGACAAAGUGUUUUCAGGCAUCUGUUCCAUUACGAUGUUCAGGCAGAAUGACAUAACUACCAUGAGAAACCUCAUUAUGAGACCGCGCUGUGUUCGUGUGGGAAAGCGCACAAGGCACCAGGCAGAAAGGCGAC